AUGACUGCACUCAGCCUCUUCCAGCUCCACUCCGACAACAUGGCCCCUACAGACAUGAACAUGAUGAGCAGGAUCAUCUUCUAUGAAGACAGGAACUUCCAGGGACGUUCCUAUGACUGCAGCAGUGACUGUGCCGAUUUGUCCUCCUACAUGAGCAGGUGUCACUCCUGCAGAGUGGAGAGAGGCUGUGUCAUGGUCUACGAUCGCACCAACUACAUGGGUAACCAGUACUUCAUGAGGAGGGGAGAGUACGCCGACUACAUGAGCAUGAUGGGAAUGAGCGAUGGCAUCAGGUCCUGCCGCAUGAUCCCUAUGUAUCAUGGCUCCUACAGAAUGAGGAUCUAUGAGAGGGAGAACUUUGGUGGCCAGAUGUAUGAGAUGAUGGACGACUGUGACAACAUCAUGGAUCGUUACCGUAUGUCCAGCUGCAUGUCCUGCCACGUGAUGGAUGGACACUGGCUGAUGUAUGAGCACCCCCACUAUAGAGGCAGGAUGAUGUACAUGAGGCCUGGAGAGUACAGGAACUUCAUGAACAUGGGCAUGAGCAACAUGAGGUUCAUGAGCAUGAGGCGCAUCAUGGACUCCUACUACUGAAACAUUUGAAGAUGCAAAGCAGAGAAACAUUAAAGAAUUCUUUGUUUCUUUAAAAUCUGUCAAGUUUUCUUAAGUUGUUGCACAAGAUCU